UGUUGUUGCACUUGCACACUUAUUUCAGACUCUCUCUCUCUCUCUCUCUCUCGUCGUGUCUCUCCAAUGGCUUCUCCAACAUUUCAAUUUUGAAAUCAAAAACCUUUUCCUUUAUUUUAUUUCACCAAAGAAAGAAACAUGGAGUACUGGCCGGUGCCAUGGCUUUUGAGCAUCAUCAUCAUCCUCCCAAUAUUGAUAUCAGCUGUCUCUUCAUCAUCAUCCGAUGCAGCGUCUCUUCUGAGCUUCAAGAACUCCAUCACAGCCGACCCUUCCGGUAUCUUCUCCUCAUGGAAUAAUACUUCUUCGUCCUCCGACACCGCUGACCACUUCUGCCACUGGCGCGGCGUCACCUGCCACCCACAUUCUCGCCGAGUCUUCUCUCUCGACCUCUCCUCCGCCGCCCUCGCCGGCACCUUGUCUUUGUCUUGGCCUAAUUCACUCGCCAACCUCACACACCUCCGCCUCCUCAAUCUCUCCUCCAACCGCUUCUCAGGUCCCGUCCCCGACAACCUCAUCGGCUUCGGAAAAUUAUCAUCUAUCGACUUGUCCAACAACCAGUUCUCCGGAAGAAUCCCGGUGGACUCGGAUUCUCCCUGCGAGAACUUAAGGCAUUUGAAGCUCUCCACUAACUUCUUGACGCAUGAAAUCCCCGCCGCCAUCGGAAAAUGCAGGACGCUGAGGACACUCUUACUCGACGCCAACAUUUUAGAAGGCCAGAUCCCGCCCCAACUUGGACUCUUGUCGGAGCUUCGUGUUCUAGACGUUUCUAGAAACAGCCUCACCGGUAGGAUUCCUCAAGACUUAGCCAACUGUCGUCAAUUACGUGCUCUGGUGCUCACCAAUCUGGCUCAAGAUUACUACUCCAAUGGCUCCCUCGACACCGCUCGAGGAGAAUUCAAUGCGUUUGUGGGAUCCAUUCCUUCUGAGCUGCUGUCACUUCCCAGCUUGCGGAUUGUGUGGGCCCCCAGGGCCAAUCUCGCCGGCAGACUCCCCACCAAUUGGACCAAUUCCUGCUCCCUCAGAGUUGUCAAUCUGGGACAGAAUUACAUCACUGGAUUUCUACCGGACAGCCUCAACAUGUGUAGAAAUCUCAGUUUCUUAGAUCUGAGUUCCAACAACUUGCGGGCUUCUCUCCCACUGCAACUCCGAAUCCCAUGUAUGCUCUACUUCAACAUCAGCUGGAACCAGAUGUCCGGUGUUCUUCCGAAAGACGGUCAGCGCGGUUGCGAUGCCAAUUCGGGAUUGGAUUUGGAAUCAGAAGACUUUCUGAAUGCCUACUCCAGCCAAUUCGGAUUUGACAAUGCUACUGUAGUGCAUGAUUUUAGUUGGAACAGAUUCGUGGGUCCAUUACCUUUGUUCUCAGUAUCCGCGACAAAGAUUAAUGGGGGCUUGUCAUACAGAUUGUUGCUGAAUAGUAACAAGUUCAGUGGGUCAGUACCUGCCGGGAUGGUUCCGCAGUGUAACGAUUUCAAGAGCUUAUCAAUAAACCUGACUUCCAACGAAUUAUCAGGUGAGAUUUAUCACUCCUCGCUGGUUAACUGUGUUAAGCUAACAGCUUUAGAAGCAGCUCACAAUCAGAUUAGCGGCUCACUUGGUCCUUCCAUUGCUAACUUGAUGAUGCUUCAACGUAUUGACUUGAGAGGGAACAGGUUAUCUGACUCUCUGCCUGGUGAGUUUGGCAGCUUGAAAAGCCUUAAGUGGUUGCUUUUAGGAGGAAACAAUUUCACGGGAAGAAUUCCUUCUACACUUGGUCACUUGACUUCUCUUUUGGUUUUGGAUCUAUCCCACAAUGUUUUAACUGGAUCUGUACCUGCAACCUUGGCUGAAUCCUCCGCAGUCGAAACGGUUUUGCUUGAUCACAACCGCCUAUAUGGAGAGCUACCAUCUUCUUUCUCAAAUCUCUCCAAGCUUACUAAACUCGAUGUUUCCUUUAACAACCUUUCUGGUUUUGUCCCCCAUCUUCAACACAUUACUGAUUGUGAUUCCUUCGAGGGAAAUAGGUAUCUGAACUGUUGCUCCUCUCCACCUACGAAACUCCCUGUUCCACUAGAAAUUCACAAACGGCGUAAAAAGCACAACAAGGCUUUGAUAAUUGCUGCAGUAACUUGCUCCUCAGUCAUUGUGUUUGCGCUUGCGGUGCUGGUUUUGUCCCUAGUUUUUGGAACAAGAAAGCUUGUGGCACUCAAUAGCAUCAGCAUGAGGAGGAAAGUAGUAGUGACCUUUGCCAAUUCUCCAAGCGACUUGACUUAUGACAAUGUGGUUAGAGCAACUGGGAGUUUCAGCAUUCAGAAUCUAAUUGGCACUGGUGGCUUCGGAUCGACUUACAAGGCUGAGUUGGCCCCAGGCUUCCUAGUCGCCGUGAAGAGGCUUUCGAUAGGGAGGUUCCAAGGCGUCCAACAAUUUGACGCGGAGAUAAGAACAUUAGGUAGGAUUCGCCACAAGAAUCUUGUGACCCUCAUUGGAUAUUAUGUUGGAGAGAGUGAGAUGUUGUUGAUAUACAAUUACCUAUCUGGUGGGAAUCUUGACACCUUCAUACAUGACAUUGGCUAUAGGUCAGGCAAAAGGGUAACCUGGCGGGUGAUCCACAAAAUAGCUACGGACGUUGCGCAGGCUAUCGCCUACCUUCACUACUCUUGUGUCCCAUGGAUUGUGCAUCGUGAUAUUAAGCCUAGCAACAUCUUACUGGAUGAGCAGCUCAAUGCCUACCUCUCCGACUUCGGCUUAGCCAGGCUUCUUGAGGUUUCAGAAACGCACGCGACCACUGAUGUGGCCGGAACGUUUGGAUAUGUGGCGCCAGAGUAUGCCACGACUUGCCGGGUGUCGGACAAGGCAGAUGUUUAUAGUUUUGGAGUUGUGCUGUUGGAGCUGAUGUCAGGGAAAAAGUCGCUUGAUCCGUCGUUUUCGGAGUAUGGAAAUGGAUUCAACAUAGUUGCUUGGGCCAAGUUACUAAUAAAGGAAGGGCGUUGCUCUGAGGUAUUUUGUCUGGAGUUGCGGGAAUCCGAAGAAGAGGAGAAGGAGAAGUUGUUGGAGCUACUGCGGCUUGCGUCGACCUGCACGGUGGAGUCGCCGCUUUCUGUUAGGCCAUCGAUGAAGCAGGUCCUUGACAAGUUGAAACAGUUGAAAAACUUGAGAGAAGGAGAAAAGCCAUCGACUCCCAAUUGAAUGAUUGGAGUGGAAGGGUGAAGCUGCUCACUUCUACAUGGUUCUGAGGUGAAAUUUCCAGUGGUGAGUUUGCAUCCUGGUUUGCCGUUCUCCGUUCUCGCAACUAAAGGUUGUUGCAGACCAAACUAAUAGUUAACUACAUGGGAUCAAUGGAAACAAAUGAAGCAGAAUGUGGUACUGGCUCUUUCUUUCUGGUGCUUUUUGAGCACUCACAUCUUUAUAACUGACAACAUACAAAAAUCAUUCUAUGCAGCAAUGUUCAUCCUAAAAUCUGCUAUUGUAUUUACGGACCUUAUAUAUCCUAUGCUAAAUUUCUUCUUUAUUGCUAACAUCAUUGAACAAGUUUGA